AUGCCUUCAAGUCCAAAAUUAUACUCAGAGCAGUUGCAUGCCAACGUUCUUGUCCUUCAUGGGCACGGCCAAUCGGGGCAAUUUAUAUCCUGCAAGACCCAGUUCCUCCAAGCGCCUCUAAUCCCAGCUAUCCGAGAGUCCUUAGAAAACAACGCAUCACACCUUAAAGUACACACGGUCAACUUCUACUACCCAACAGGCAUGUUCCCCGCCGAACCUGACCACCCAAACGUUGAAAACAACAUAUCUUGGGCCUGGGGGUACGGUGAGGCGGAGAUAGAACAAAUGUCUGGAUACCAAGAAUCAAUUCAACAACUUUUGGCAAUCCUUGAAGAAUACGGUCCCUUCGUUGGUAUAAUGGGCUUCUCAACCGGAGCUACCUUAGCUGCUGCUCUGGCAUCUAUAUUGGAGACUAGAGAAUCUCACUUUGGGACUCCUUUUGAGACAACCCAUCCGCCUUUCCAAUUUGCGGUAUGUUUUAGUGGUUUCAAAUUGGAAAAUGAGGUUUAUGACUCUAUCUACUCCCCUAAAAUCCAGACUCCUAUUCUUCAUGUUGCCGGUAAUUUGGAUCCGAUGAUUGAUCCUGCGAGGACUAAACGGUUGGCUGGUUCUUGUGCCAAUGCCUCAUUUUAUCAGUUUUCCGGCUCACAUUAUAUUCCUCGGUCUGUGGACUUUGUCAAGACGUUGACUGAAUUUGUCAAACAAGCUUUGAGCGGCAACAGAGGUGAAUUUGAUUCGGGCUCGGAAGAUGAUGAGUGGGAAGAUGUCUAG